GUCCCGGUUUACUGGAGCAUUAACAGGAGACGCGAUGUUUUCUUCCGCGGGAAAGCGCUGCUUCACCAUCGAGUCUUUGGUAGCCAAAGACAGUCCACUGGUGGCAGAGGAGCCUCUGAGGCCCACAGCGUUACCUUACCCCUCUCAGCCCGGGCCAGAGGCGCUUAUGGGCGGGUAUCAGCCGCCCGCUCCGGCCCGGCCGCUGUACCAGAGCCCGGAGCUGCUGUUCCCGGAGUCUGCGGCCCAUCCUCUCGCUGUGGCGCCGCAUCAGCACCUGCAGCACCCGCACUUUUUCGGUUCUCAGCACCGUGACCCCCUGCACUUCUACCCUUGGGUCCUACGGAACCGCUUUUUUGGACACCGCUUCCAGGGUACUGAAGUGUCCCAGGACAGCCUCCUGCUCCACGGUCCGUUCGCCAGAAAACCCAAGCGCAUCCGCACGGCCUUCUCCCCCUCUCAGCUGCUGCGCCUCGAGCGUGCCUUCGAGAAGAACCACUAUGUGGUGGGCGCCGAGCGGAAGCAGCUGGCCAACAGCCUGAGCCUGUCCGAGACACAGGUCAAAGUUUGGUUCCAAAACAGACGAACCAAAUACAAGCGUCAGAAACUGGAGGAGGAGGGUCCCGAGAGUCAACAGAAGAAGAAGGGGAACCACCAUAUUAAUAGAUGGCGCAUCGCUACCAAACAGUCCAGUUCAGAUGAUAUUGACGUCACAUCGGAGGACUAACCCAACUCCAAAACAAAAUGGACUAACUUUAUUUAUUAUGUAAUAUUAUUGAUGUAAAGACUGAUCAUCUCCUGAAGAGCUUCUCGCAUAGACUUUUACCGAAGAUGCGGAGAUCUUCAAAAAUUGUUUAUAGAUCCCAAUUCAAAUGCUUGUUUUUUGAAAGAGCGCAUUUGUUUAGUUACAUCUACGUUUUUUCCACCUGACUAGAUCAUUAACACCUCAUGUCUUUGCCACAUCCGCCAUCUGCGAGCUUGCCAUCUUAAUUUAAAAUUGCUUCCAGACGAGAAUGACGACUGCUUUUGGGGAACCAGGGGAUGCAACAUUUUUUGGCUUCAACAAUAAUGAAAAAAUAAGCUCCAAUCUUCAUUGCAAGGUGACGGAACAGAAGAUGCUGAGAUUUAUGGACUCAGAAAAACAAAACAAAAUUGACAAAAAGUUAAAUUUAAAGAUGAACUGCGCAACCUUCUGGUAAAAGGUGCAUGCUUGUCUCCAUGGAGAUGUUAUUGCUUUGCCGAGAAUGUUCCACAGUAUGACAUUAAACAUAUACAUCUAACAUUUAUUCAUUACAGGUGUUUCUAUUGCUCAAAAAUACAAUCAUUCCUUUUGUGAAUAGGGACGACUCUCCACAGAUCUGAGUUGUAAUGUAGUGUAGUGCUGUGUUCCAGAUAGUUUUAAUCUAUACUGUGGAACAUUCUAGACAAAGCAAUAGCAUUUCCAUGGAGACAAGCAGGUGGGGGACCCUCCACUAUGAAAUGUUGUGCAGUACACCUUUAAGUCAACAGAUAUUUUUGUUUUAGGUUUAAGAACAAUACCUCUUGGUUUUAUCAUUUGUUUGCAGACUGCAUUGUGCCGUACAAACCCUAAACUAUAUGAGACUUUUCAAACAGAAUGUGUAAUAACUUAAAUAUGUUUUAGAAAUAAUAAAAAAGUAUUUCCCAGGA